AUGAGCAUUUCUCAGCAUGGUUUGAAGAGAUCAGCUCGAGAUGCUCCAUAUUGCUCAUAUCGCUGUAAUCGCAUUUAUCAGCGAUCCCUUCAGCAUAUAAAUGAAAAUUUCGAACGUGUGCUUUAUCUUUUUGAACGACCGAAAUCGACAGAAAAAGUUAUUGAUGCUUGCUGGAAAUCUUUCGAUUACUUAGACUGUAUGGAGCAUUGUGAACUACAAAAUAAGCAACAAUUUAUGAUAAUUCGCAAUGUUAUUGAGGACAGAUGUCGAAAGAUUCUGAAAAAUAGUGAUAUGAUUAAUUUGGCUUGUAUCAGUAAAUUUCAUUCCUUAGUGGAGACACGUUGCGCUGUAUACAAAUUACAAGCAGUCAAGAAUCUAAAAUUAGAACAAAAUGGCCCACCACAACAAAGUUGUAGCGAGAAUUUUCUGGAUAAGUGUCCUGUUUAUGAUUCUGUCAAAAUACCAGAAGCACAAUCAACAACCUCAUCGUUGUCAUCAUCUGUAGCAACGGAUGAAAUUUCCACGAUUGAUCCAGACUCUCAAAGUUGUAUGCCUAAAACGAAAUUAAAUAGCCUGAAAUUAAAUUUAAGAAUGGCAGAUAAUAGUGCUAUUACAGCAAUGACAAAUCUGAAAAAACUUUUUUCGCCUGACGAUGAUUUGCUGGACAUACCACCAAAUUUCUAUCAUUCAUCGUUAAGAAUGACUGGAAAAAAAAUCUUUCAAAAAAUUAAUGCCAGCUCAGUUAAUGACGGUUAUAUUGACAAUGAAUCCAUGGAAAACAUUUUUGCACACAAUAAUGAUUCUGUAAAACGCAUACCUUUGCAAAUAUAUGAUGACAAUAUUUAUAUCAAAAGUAACAUUACGAAUCAAGCAACUGCUAGAAAUUCCAAAAAUUCUAACGAAAAAGUCAGUGAUGAUUCAUUUCCUGCAAGAAUGGCACCUCCAACUAUUGCUUCAUCUACAGCCUUAGCUUCAUCAAAAGCUGUAGUAGCUACUUUUUCUGGCAUUCCAGUUAUGACAACUUCUGAUAUGCAAAUUCCAACAAUUGAAACUAAUGCUGAUAAAUCUCUCGAAUUACUAUCAUUUAUAGCUUUUAAAAAGAAUUCAGAUAAUAGAGAUUUAAUAACAAAAUCUGAAAAAAAUGAACUCAAUCUAUUACAUCAAAAAAGUAGUAUGAAAAUGCAAAAAGCCAAAAUAUCUACAACUGAUGACUACAAUGAAGUGAUAUAUGUUCAUGAUAGUGAUCAACAACUUACUCAACAAGAUAAUCAUACAGAAUUCAUUGCAACAGAAUUAGUCAACAAAUAUGCGAGUACAACUUCAACAAUUCCAAGCGUAUAUAGUAUUAAUCCUUUAGAUGAGAUUGAAAUUCAAGCUGAGUCCAGUCUCGAAGAUUUGAAUGUUGAAAAUAAGUCUGAGAAGAGUGAGAUAUCAAAGCUUAGACAAAACACAUCCCAAACUUCACCAAAUACAACAACGCCUUCUUCGCAAAAUCCUUUAAGAAUAAAAGUUUACAAAGUUUUUCCACUUCCAACUUCUGCUGCGACACCCAGAAAACAGCCACUCAUGUCCACAGAUGAGAAUUUACGGCUUCAAAUGACAACAAUAUCAAUAUCAAACCAAGCAAAAUCUGCGCAAGAAAUGCGAGUCAUUGAAUCACAAACUGCUAAUGAUAUUUCAUUAAUAACUCCAACAACACGAAAUACUAUAGAAGAAGCGUUGAAAAAUGAUCCGAGCGAUAUAGAUGACGUGAAAUACAAAGAAGUUUUACCAACAUUAUCUACAACGACAGAUAAUGUGAUAAAUUCAUCUAAGCCAGAUGAAUUGCAUGUGGACAGUGAAAAUAAAGGUUACAAAUCGCUACUCAUCUACAGUGCCGUAGUACUUGUACUUUUAUUAAUAGUAAUUAUUCUGGCAAAUGUUGCAUACAGAUGUCGACAAUAUGGCAGACAAAUAUCGCAGUUUUAA